AUGCCCGACCUCCAUUCUCUCCCCGCCGGCACACGGCCACAACACGCCAUCCGCAACAACGGGCCCCCCCAACUAGCCCUAGAACGCUACAUGCUCCGCGAACUAGCAGAAGGAUGGCCCUGCUACCGCGACGCCUGCGAAUGGGAAAACCUCCUCUCAAUCUUCCACCCAGAAGCCCACAUCUACACAACCUGGACGGGACUCACCCACCAUAAAAAAUUCAUCGAAGCCUCCCAAGCCGGCAUGGACAAGGGAGCAUUCAUCAUGCACCGCAUCCACGGCAGCACAACCGACAUCGAUCCCGAUGCCACACGUGCCGUCACAAAGAUGAAAGCAACCAUCACGCAGCGGUUCAGCGACGUCAGCUGUGUAUCUGGCGGGACAUGCGACGCUGAUGCGGAGAGUGAUUGUCGGUUUAUCUUUUUCUGGGAGAAGAUGAUGGAUCCGGCGUAUCCUGAUUUGCGGGGUCAGUGGCGGGCUCGGUUUGUUAGGCAUUGGUAUGAGAAGGAUAAGUUGAUUCCUGUGAAUCCGGGACGUGUUCCUGUUCUAGAUGAGGAGAGGUUGAAGAAGUAUCCGCCUGGAUAUAGGUAUUUGGCGUAUAUGCAGGAGGAGACUAUGGGGGUUAAGGUGCUUUUGGAUUUGCCGGGUCAUCGUAGGGAGGGUUCGACGAUCAAUGGCCAGAAGCAUGAUUUGCUUUAUUUCCAGGCCAAGGACUGGAUGGAUGGAAAGGAUGUUGCUUGGUAA